AUGGGUCACCUCCCCUCAUCUGAACUCAAUGACUAUGAAAGUUUCAAAAAGUUAGUCAUGCAGAGGCAUGGAUUGCACCCCGAGAAUUAUCGAAAGGCUUUUCGAAAAGUAGAGAAGUCGGGGCUCAGUGAUAAUAUUGCAGUUUUCUCAGCAAAAAUGGCUCAAAACUUCGAACUGUGGCUUGCCGCCGAAGGGGUGGGGGACUUUGAAGGAUUCAAACAGCUUAUAUUAAUUGAACAACUGAUGCGUUCCCUGCCCUCAGAAAUUGCUAGUCUGGUUGCAGACCAAAAGCCACGAACUCUAACGGAAGCCACCACCUUUGCUGAGUCUUUUAGGCUUAACCGCUCCCAUUGGACCAACAAGGGACCAAGUAAUGUGUGUAAACCAGCAGUUUCAAUGGGGAAGUCUGCUCCCCCCAUUAAGGAACAAAGCAAAGGUUUCCUGACGUCUGCAAAAGACUCUGUUGUAGUAGGGGGAGAACGUACCAAAUUGUCCCCAACCUCUGGACUGUGUUUCUUUUGUAAACAACCGGGGCAUGUAAAAGCGGCUUGCCCCCAGCUGGGUAGCCAAAAGCCUCCUAUUCUCACUUCCACCCCUGCCGUGCACCUGAUUCAGCGGCAGGAAGAGGACUGGGAAGGGGAACAACAAAAAGCCGGAGCUGGGGAAACCCCGAUCCUGGAUGGGAAGGGUGUGGCAGCUCCUGACGUUAUGGCUCCUGGAACAGCUGAAGCCACUUCUAAUGCUGUUAUAGUGGGACCUGUGGGUACCAGUGCUGAUCCAAAUGCGCCGCAUGUGAAGUGGGCUAUUUCGAAGUUUACAGCGCCCAUUGAAGUCAACGGGAUUGCUGUGAACUCUUUCAGAGACACAGGGUCAGAUAUUACCAGUGUGUCCCGUGAUUUGGUUAUGCCUAUACAAAUGCAGGAUAAACCCAUGAAAAUUAGUCCCUAUGGGGUGAAAGAGAUUUUUCAACCUACUGCUAUUAUUCCAAUUUCGUAUAUGGGUUUUCAAGGAAAAAUGUUAGUUAUAGUGCAUGACCCGAAGAUGUGUAAAAGUCCUGUCCUGGUUGGUAAUGAUUUGGGAUACCGGGUUCACCAGCAACAACAUACAGUCAACAUUUGUUCCAUUAAGGUUUCACCCACCCAGGUACAGGGGAUGGAGAACUGGGGAACAACACCUCAAGGUUUGAGGGCUGAGGAGAAUCUUGUCCCGGAUGGGGAAGGUGGAAGUCUAGCGCCUGAUGCUAUAACUCCCGAAACUACUGGGACUGUUGAGACUGCAGUAUCUGAGAAAUUGGUUGGGAGGAGGGUUGGCUUAAUACGCACUGCCACUCCCUGUGUUAAUUGGCCCUGCUCAGCGUCUGACGUAAUCCCCAGGGUUCAUCGAGUUGUUGUGCCUUCUUUUCAAAGUAUGGACUCUGUUACCGGGACUUUACCAAAAGACUCAGUUUUGUCCCAAUGGAACCAGCCUGACUUCCAGAAGAGUAAUUCUGGUGGGGAAAUUUAA